AUCGUUAGCCACUGUCACAGGGCCCACGUUCUCUCCUGCAUCACUUUCACUCUGUGCCCGUUUGGCUAUGGAAUUUUCGGGGAUUUGUUGCAGAAGGACCGGGUGGUCAUUUUUUGCCUUUAGAGCCAGGAGUGGAUCGUGCAAAAGUUGAUUUUGCGCGUACAAGCAAGUUAUCUGAAUUUGUACAUACAUUGCGCUCAGUGAUGGAGGACGAUUUGGUUUGCGAGUAUGAUUCGACCUGGGACACAGAGAGCGAUGGAGAUGACUUUGGAGAAAAUACAACCCGGCGGUCAAGCCAGGACAAAACUAAAAAACCCAAGACGGGCUUUUGGUCUAAUUCCUCCUCUAGAAACCUGAGGGCAGCUAAAGAUAUGCAGAACUACCGACAUGGGUAUCCAAACAUUAAUGAUGAUGAAUGCCCAGAAGAAAGGAUGACAAAUUUGAAAUUCUAUCUAAAUGAAAUCCCCUCUUCUCCUGAUGAUGUGUCAAUAGAGAUGUUUCAUAAAGAAUGGAAGACGGACUACAAGAGACUGGAAAGGGUGCAUUCCUAUAUUCAGUGGCUGUUUCCGUUGCGUGAACCCGGAGUUAAUUAUAUGGCGUCAGAACUCACAAAGAAGGAAAUUCAGGCAUUCAGGGAGAGCAAGGAAGCCAGAGACAGGCUGGUGGACUCGUACGAGCUCAUGCUGGGCUUCUACGGCAUCCAGCUGACGGACAAGACGCGUGGGGAGGUCAAGCGCGCCGACAACUGGAGAGAGAGAUUUGCCAACCUUGAGCGGAAUAUGCACAACAACUUGCGCAUUACCCGCAUCCUGAAGAGCCUCGGAGAGCUGGGAUUUGAGCACUUCCAGCCCCAUCUUGUUCACUUCUUCCUGGAGGAGACUUUGGUGAGGAAGAACUUGAGCAGCGUUAAGCGGAGUGUCCUCGACUACUUUGUGUUUGCUGUCCGGGAUAAGCGCGAGCGCAAGAAGCUCCUUCGCUAUGCCUACCAGCAUUACGAACCAAAGGACAAGUUCGUCUGGUGUCCCCGAAAGGUCCAGAAGCUCUUCAAGAAGAAAUCCGAGAAGCGACAAGAGUUGGCUGCAGGAAAUGGAGAGAGUGCGGUGGUGGACGAAGGACGUUCAAAAGGGAAGGCGAAGGACACGGAGCCUGGAAGGGAAGGGAAGCCGAUGGAGGACGCGCCGGACACUCAGAGUCAAAUGGAAGAGGAUAAUUCGAUGAGUGUGGAUGCAGAGAGACCUUCGGAGGGGUCUCUGGCCGAGUCUGUUCCUGACAAGUCGUUGUCGGGGAGUCCUCUCGCCAAUGGCAUAAAGAACAGCAGCGAGAAUGGCGAGAUGGAGCAAUCCAGCUCUUCUGAUGCCAGUCCUGCAAAGGACAAGGAGAGCAAAGACGACGAGCUCAAAGACAGCGGCCAGCUGAAGGAGGCGCCCACAGAGACUAGCAAGAGCAAGCUCGACUCCCAGGAGGUUUCCGCGUCAGAGCCAGAGCUCGAGAAGCCGCCGAAGAAGAAAAGGGAGAGCGAAACAGUGGCGUCUGACAACGGGGUCACACCAGAACCGCCAAGCAGUCCCUGUCAGAGCAAAAGCCCCUCUGAGCCCGCAGACUCUCAGCCCAACCAGGGCGCCCAGUGUUUAGGGGAGGCCUCACCUGCCAAACGCGUCGGGAGGACUGUGGAUGAACGUGCUGAAAAGCAGCCCAGGACAGACUUUAGCAGUACACCUAAUGAAACAGACAAUGGGGAAACGACCUCGAAAGUGAGCGUUGCGCCUGCGACGCACACAUCUGACAAGGAGCCAGAAGUCAGCCAUCAGACAAACGGAGCUGAUUUGCGAAACAGCGAGGAGCCAAUGGACGUUGAGGUGAGCGGGACUGCUGACGUGCAGAGCUCAUGAGCGCUACUGAGGCUGACUGAGGACUCCAUAUGUACUGUAUGCUCAUGAGUUUACCUGGAUGGACAACGUCACUGCUAUUCUCAUGGAUUUAAAGAGAAGGCCUGCAGUAUUUUUUUCCAGGUCUUAUUUAUUAAUAGACUGCGUUGUAGUUGAACUGCUACAUGUUAAUGUAUUUUGUUUCUUAAUGUUCCACAAGCAAUUGAUGAACUUGAGUAUAAUGGGGGGUUUUUCUGUGUCAAGAAUUAAUCUGUGAAUAAUGCACCAAAUUUACAGAACGUUAUGAUUUUUCUUGCUGUGUUUGGGUACCUCGGUUGAUUCUGCCUUUGGACAUCAUGGAAAAAAUGCUCUUUAAAUCGGAAGGCAGUGUAUACCUUAAUGCCAUGAACAUGGCUGUGGUACAUGACGACAUGAUUUCUGUUUUGGUCCAGUGGUAGACUCCCCGUGGGAGAGUCAGUGACCCCUCACUAAGCGCUUCUUUCAAGUCAGUAGUGCUUAAUGAUGCAUUUCCUCCAAACAAUUCAAGUCUAAAGUAAGGGACAGGAGGCUGUUCAUGCCUGGGCAGUCAACUGUGAAGAAAUAUGCCAUUUUAGGGAAGUGUAGAUACUGAAGGCCAAGGCAAGUUCAGCACAAUGCGUUUUAACAUUUCUUUGUUUCACCAUGGAACCCAUUGGUGUUGAGUUCUUUUGGUCUGUAAAAGUAUAAUGAAAUUGCUGUAAAGAGAACUUAGUCUUACUAAACCCAUUUUUGUAGAUAAUUCUGUAAGAUAAUACAAUGAAUUGUAUUUUGAUGGUUUUGUUUGAAUAGAGUUGCACAACUUGAAAUUGAUUUUGGUACUAGGUUGUACACAUGGAGACAGCCAUGCCAAAAUUAGAGACUCAUUGAUUGUAUUGAGAGUACACAGUAUUGAGUGAGGGGUGAUCUCUCAAUCAAGGAUUAGUUAUGGUCAGGGUGGAUCUUUUGAGUUACAUACUGUAUAUUGAUGGAGUUAGGGCUCUUUAGCAGCCUAACAUAGUUGAUCCUUUUGAAAGAGACCACCUCAAGCUUUAUAGAACAGAAAUAUAUUAUUGAACAACUUAAGCAUUGUGAUUCAACAUGUUGCUUAUAAAAUGAGGGGAGGUAGGGUUGGUAUUUAAUUAAAUAUUUUUAUAUUAUAAUUGUUGUUCUCAGCAUGACUUUUUUUCUUUUUUUCUUUUUUAAACUUUCACGUUGAUAGCCAUUAGCCAAAGUGAAAUCCCCACUGACUUUAGCUCGUUCUCAGGAACGAAUUAAUAACUUCUUAACUUCUGUUGCCAUUGUUGUAUUUUUGUUCUUUUUCUUCCCACGCAGUUAAUAGAUUUACCUUGAAAGGAAUGAAGUCACAAUGAUGCUUUCUGCAUAACGUGAAGUCUGGUGUCCCCAGUAAGAGUUUGGGAGAUGGGGAUUCCUGUGCACAGCUCCUGUUUCAAAAUCUGAAACAUGUUCUACGACAAACAAUAAAGAGUGUGCCAACAGUU